CGUAAACCCUGAGUUGCUGAGUUGGCUUUGAAAAUAACGCACACCCUCAACCUGACCUUCUACUUUCAGCAAGCCUCCUCCACAGCGUGACUCAGCCCCAAAAAAUCAUCACCCGCGGAAUUUCUUGGCGGGCAAGUGAAAAUAUUUCCGCCAAAUCCAAAAUUUGUAGCUUCAAAAAUUCUCCUCAAAUUCCUUUUCCAUACUUUCUUAUCAGCAUCAUCUGUGCAUCUGCUCUCCUCACCGGCUCUGUGCAUCACUUCUGCUUUCCGCAUCAGUUUUACAUCCAAAAAAACCUCGCAGUCCGCAGAAGAAGAAGAAACGCAGCAGUGGUGAAGAAACAGGGCAGCAAAAAAAAGGAGAAGACCGACAACCAUUUCGAUGGAGUCGACAUCGCAACCAUUUGCUUACCAUGAACAUAUUCAGAAAGAAACUGAAGUGACUGAUCUCACUUCUCAGCAUGGCAGCGCUUCACAGAUUAACUCACAGUCACCAAUGUUCACACCUAACCCAUUCGGUCCAUCAAACAUGACUUUUAAUCCUAAUAUUAUGAUGCAUCCUCCAUUUCCUCGUGCUCACUCACCCUUUGGGUAUGGAUUUACUUUUCAAGAUCUUUCAAACUCUUCCAACAUUCCAUUGGAGAGUCAUGCUGCUAAAAUGAGCAGAGCACCAGCAAAAAGUAACAAGGUCGUGCAAAAUACGAGUAUCUCUCAUAUAGUAGGAGGCAGCAAAAACUGGAGCAAAGAUGAAGAUAUAGCACUAACAAAGGCAUGGUUAUAUAUUUCUGUUGAUGCUGAUGUUGGUAACAAUCAAAAAAUUGCUAAUAUGUGGAAUCGUAUCUUCCAUGUUUGGAGGGAGAAUAUGGGAACUUAUGAUGAGUCUCGCACAACAAAUGGCUUACAAGCUCGUUGGGGUAAGAUCGUAGCUGCAGUGAAUAAAUUCCAUGCUUUAUAUGAACGACUACAAAGGCAGCCAAAGAGUGGCGCAAGCCAAGAAGAUAUGAGGCGAGAGGCAAUGCGCAUGUAUGAAGAUAUCAAUAAUGGUCAGUCUUUCAAGUAUGAACAUUGUUGGGAGAUCAUGAAAACAAAUUCAAAAUGGUGCGUAAAGAAGAUUACUAGGACCAAAGAUAACUCUAAGCAAAAAGCUAUAAAUGGAAGUGGUGAUACCCAAGCACCAACCCAACCAGGGAGUUCAGGUAAUGAAGGUGAAAAGUGUACUAAUGUAGAUGGUAAUGUUGAUGGUAAAUGCAAUGAUAUUGAACGCCCUGAAGGAAGAAAGGCUACUAAAGAAAAAAAGAGAAGGUUGAAUGAUGAAAAAUUUGUAGUUGAUGUUUUUAAUAAGUUACAAACUACAAUGGAAAAACAAAUUUGUAUUAGUCAGGAAGAGCUGAAGAUGAAAAGGGAAAAGGACUUAAAAGACUUUGAGUUACGAGAAAAGAUAAUGGAAAAAGAGUUGGAGCUAAAAGAACAUGCUUAGAAAUCGAAGGAGAAGGAUCAUCAGUUAAAGGAGAAGGAUCAACAGUUAAAAGAGGCUGCUCAAAAGUUUAAGGAGAAAACUCAAAAGAGACUAGAACAAGAGCGUAUUUUGAAUCAAGAUGUCACCAAACUUCCCGUAAGCAUUAGAGAGACAUUUGAGAUGUAUCAAGCUCAAAUUUUAAAGGAAUGGCAAAAGUAUGGUCUUUUUGGUAAUUGAAUGUUUUUGUACCAUUUUCUGUACUUACUUUUACUAAUAAUAGUUAUGAAAAAUAAAUUAUUUAAAAACUGAUUGUACUUUUAUGUGUGGCAGGUGUGAAUUACAGUUGAAAAAGGUCAAGUCUUGAGGACCAUAAAUAGUAAUACUUGCUGGAAGACUAGAAACAUUAUGUGUUAAGACUAGUUAUUUAUUUUUUAUGAAUUUGUGUUUGCUUUGGUAUUUUGGAACAAUUUUUUUUAUUGUUUGGAUAAACUUUAGGUUUGUGGAGUAAUAGACAUGAGACAUUAGACUUUUUCUAUUUUAUAUUGAUUGUGUUCACUUAUUCUUUCAUUAUGUUUUAUUCUUAAUAUUAUGAGAGAUGUUAUCAGUUGAUCCAAUGGACAGGUGGUUUACUGUCA